AUGUGCGGGACAGACAAAGAACGCAUUGCAAAACAGACCGCUGAAUACGUCAUUCAGCUUCGCAAACUUCAUUCGAGCCGAAUGGAAAGCUUAGACGGACAGCCACUGUAUUCCGCUUUUCUAUUCCCCAAUGGUUAUGGCAUUGGACAUGGGCCGUUUUCAUCCGAUGAUGAGCUGUGGGCUGAGAUGUCAUUGGCAUUGAGCAAUGUACCAGAGAAAGUUCGCUUGGAAUUACGACAGCGUAUGCCAACUGCUGCCCCCUAUACCUUUUCUCACUGCGACCUUACGAAUGUCAAUAUCAUCGUGGAUAAUGAUAAUUUGGCGGGUAUUCUGGACUGGGAAUCUUCGGGCUAUUUUCCCGUUUGGUGGGAGUUCACUGCCGCAGGUAUUGGUCUUGGUCAAGAGGACAAAGAAUGGAAAGACCUUCUACGCAAGCACCUUCCGGAUCAUACUGAGGCUCGCAAUUUCUGGCUGGAUUUCUGGGCAUUGCGCAAAUAUCCGAAAUUGGACGAGAGAGGAUUGAGGUUUUUGAACAGUUGUGGAUUCAACUUGCCAAAUCAGGUCUGA